AUUGCACUUCUAUACACACAAAAAGGCAAACGAAUAUAAGGGUGAAGGGAAAUAAGGACAUUGGAAACUAUAACGAAAAUUUGUAGCUACUACAAUGAAAGUUACUCUGCUCGCUGUAGUUGCGCUGACGACACUCGCACUCUGCAGUGGCGCAGAUCCGGAGUGUAAGUACCGUAAAAUUCGGAAACUGGCACUUCACUGGGCCGAUCCUACUGACUGUACUCGUUACUAUCGUUGUACGAAUAAGAGCGUCAAGCGCGAGGUAAUUUGUGCCGAAGGCAAGGCCUACAAUGCGAAAAUAGGGAAAUGCUCGACUAAUAAGAGUGGCUUGUGUAAACUGACACUAGCGGCGCCCUUGGCGGGGGUUGUCAAUCCAUGCGCUGAUGAGGUCUCUGGUGUUUAUAUGGCUCAAACAGGAUACUGUCGUAACUUUUACAUUUGUAACAAUAAUGAAGCCUAUCCACAGGUAUGCGACGCUGGUAGUCUCUUUAAUGCUACAACGGGUAAUUGUAUACCAGAUACUCAAUCCGAAUGCUGGCAAAAUAAAUGUAUUGGUGAAACUAACGGUACCUAUCUACCCGACGCGGCUUCAUGUACUUCCUUCUAUGUAUGUGCGGGAGGAGAAGCAACUGCACAAGUUUGCAACAGCGGUAGUUACUUUAAUAGCUCCAGUAGAGUUUGCCAACCUGAUCCAAGUGGGGAGUAUUGUUGGGAGAAUGUGUGUGUUGGAAAGAAAGAUGGCGAUUAUGUUAAAGAUAUAAAUGAUUGCUAUAGUUAUUAUGUGUGUGCUGCAGAAAAACCAGUUCAGCAAUAUUGCCCGGAAGGAAGCUACUUCAAUUGGCUUGAAAAUGUAUGCUUACCUGGUAAUUGCCCAUCAGAUGAAAGUUCAACAGAAAGCCCAACCACGGAAACUACAAUCUCAUCGACCGAAAGCAGUGAAGAAAGCACAGAAUCUUCUUCAUCAACAGAAUGCUCAACCACGGCAACUACAAUCUCAUCGACCGAAAGCAGUGAAGAAAGCACAGAAUCUUCUUCAUCAACAGAAUGCUCAACCACAGCAACUACAAUCUCAUCGACCGAAAGCAGUGAAGAAAGCACAGAAUCUUCUUCAUCAACAGAAUGCUCAACCACGGCAACUACAAUCUCAUCGACCGAAAGCAGUGAAGAAAGCACAGAAUCUUCUUCAUCAACAGAAUGCUCAACCACGGCAACUACAAUCUCAUCGACCGAGUGCAGGGAAGAAAGUACAGAGUCUUCUUCAUCAACAGAAAGCACCGAAGUCACAACAUCUGAAAGCACUACAUGCCCUGAAGUCACAACACCUGCUCCCGAAGCGGACUGCUCUUGCCCUGGCGGUUACAAGGAAGGUGAACUAGUGCCUUUCCCAAACUAUCCUGAGAAUUGUGACAAGUACUAUGUGUGCUUUGAUGGAAAGCUCCAGGAAAGAGAAUGCGGCGCAGGCAAUCGCUUUGAUAGCAGCCUGGGUGUGUGUGUACGGGACACCGAUAAUAUCUGCUGGCCAGCUGAUUGCAAUACUCAAGUUGAAGACACCAUGGUUUACCGAAGUAGGCGGAGUAUUGUCGUAGACGUAGCGGAUGAGACAUCUGAUACGAGGUCCGUGCUUCACGCAUUGGGCAGCCCUAAUUGCUUAGGUUUGUAUGCCGAAGGGGAAGUAGUAACGCAUCCCAAGGACUGCCGUAAAUAUCUAAUUUGUGCUAGCGGUGAAAUGAUAUCCAGAGAUUGUGGUCUGGAUAACUACUUUGAUCCAAAUACUCUUACAUGUAGUAUUGACACUCAACAAGCUUGCGAUUCAAACGGCAAUUAUAAUCGUGCAAAUUAUGAAAUUACUGAUGCGGAAUCAAAUUGCUCAUGCCCCGGCGGUUACAAGGAAGGUGAACUAGUGCCUUUCCCAAACUAUCCUGAGAAUUGUGACAAGUACUAUGUGUGCUUUGAUGGAAAGCUCCAAGAAAAGGAGUGCGGUGUAGGAAACCUCUUCAAUAGCAUUCUGGGUGUGUGUGUACCCGACACAGAUCAUAUAUGCUGGCCAACCGAAAGCACUAAGUGCCCUGACACCACAACACCUGCUACCACUACUACUACAGCAGAUUGUACAUGCCCAGGUGGUUAUAAAGAAGGCGAAUUGCUGCCGUUCCCUAACUAUCCUGAAAACUGCGCUAAAUAUUAUAUUUGCUCUAGCGGUAGGCUUCAAGAGCGUGAUUGCGGAAUAGGCAAUCGUUUUGAUAGUACACUCGGAGUUUGUGUAGUCGAUACCGAUAAUACCUGCUGGCCAAACGUUUGCAAAGAUCAGCCUGAUGGCACAGCUUUGGCGGACCCCACCAAUUGUACUUCUUUUUACCUAUGUGAAGGAGGUCAAGGAGAGGUAUACGAAUGCCCUAACGAAAAAUGGUUUAAUCCGAAUCAGCAAAUUUGCAUGCCAGAUUUUAAUGCAACCUGCAUAAAUCCUUGCAAAGAUACCACAGGCAUUACUUUCUUACCAAAUCCUGAUUGCUCCAAGUACUUCCUUUGUAAUGAUGGCCGACCGUAUGUCGAAACAUGUCCUCAAGGUGGAUUUGACAUAAACUUGGGUAAAUGCCACGAAGAUGCUGUUUGCGAAUCUACUUUAUGCUUGGGUAAAGAUGAUGGAUUUACAUGGCCUGUGGCAGGCAAUGAUACCAAAUUUUAUGUAUGCCUCGGUGGUGUAGCACAAAUCAACGAAUGUAGUCCCGGAAGCAUUUAUAAAACUUCUGUUGGAGUGUGCUUGGAGCAGCCAAGUCCUCAAUGUGAUCAAAAUAAAUGCAAUUCUUCUACAACUGACUAUAACGCCUUUGCACCAUUGAAUGGUACCGAUGAUACAGCAUUUUGUAUGUGCCGUGAUGGCGAAGCUUUCUUGCACCACUGUGCAGAUAAUUACACUUUCCGCGCAGAUCUCGGAAUAUGUUAUUCGAAUGCGCCUUGCGACCCGGAUUUAUGUGACGUUUUUCCUGAGAAUACUCGAUCUCCGAAUCGCAAUGAUACACACAGCUUCUGUUUGUGUGUGAGCAAGCAGCAAGUAAUCGUUGACUGCCCCAACAACCAAACUUAUAAUCCAGUUUCACGGCUAUGCCAAACACAGGAUGAUAAGUGUUCCGCCACUUUUUGCCUUUCGGCUCCGGAGUAUUCUAUCUUCUCAGCUUUGAACAAUGAUACCAAUGGUUUCUGCAUGUGUAUUGAUUCGAGUGCUGUUUAUAAAUUAUGCGAAGGAGGCAAGAAAUUCAAUGUGACGAAAGAAAUAUGCCUAUCAGAGACUGAAGAAUCUUGUAAUGACGCUCUUUGUGCGGGUAAUGCCGGUUUGAUCUUUGGAGCUGUCGGUGAUUCACACUCUUUCUGCUAUUGUGUCACGGAUGGAGUGGCAAGUAAAAGGAGCUGCCCAAACUCAGAGACAUUCAAUGAUACUUUGCUGAUAUGCCAGGCGGUGGGUUGCGAUGGGCAAGUUUGUCUGACGAAUCCUACCAGACCCUUCCCGGCAUUCAAUGAACCAUAUUCUUACUGCACUUGCACAAGCAAUGAUCCGAACUCUGUAACCAAACACAAUUGUUGCAAUGGAACUCGUUUCAAUACGUACGACCUUACGUGCAAAGAGGAUCCUUGCGAUAAGUCCUUCUGCUCCAAUGCAUCCAAUGACGGCAUCCCUUAUCCAGCCAACAAUUUCCCUCAAGGAUUUUGCAUAUGUAAAGAUGGAGUCCCAGAACUGUAUAAUUGUUCGAAUGGCUCUAUAUUCAAUCCAACUAUCGAAGCAUGUAUAUCGCCCACCCAGCUGCAAUGUGAUCUGUCCAAAUGUGCUAAUGCAACCUCAGAAUAUACGUAUCCCGUUGCAGCUAAGAAUGAUUCUCAUGGUUUUUGCUAUUGCUUCUCGGCGACUGAAGUCGAAUUCUUCACCUGUCCAGGCAAUGCUUUAUUCGACCCCAUUCGUGAAAUUUGUGAUGUGAGUGCAAGUAAUUGCACUUGUCCAGGUGACUACAAACAAGGGCAACUGUUGCCGAACCCAACGAAUUGCCGACUUUACUAUGUCUGCAGUCAUGGCCGCCUUCAAGAGCUUGAUUGUGGAGCUGGGAAGUAUUUCAAUAAACUUUCUGCAGAAUGUCAAGUAGACACAGCUGGUGCUUGUGUGGAAAAACCAGAUUGUACCUGUGUAGGCGCUUAUCGCGAAGGCGAAUUCGUACCUCAUCAUACCAGCAAUCAACUCUAUUAUAUCUGCUACAAUUCGAAAUUGAUGGAGGGCGAUUGCGGUGCAGGAAAUUUCUUCGACAAAGAUAGUCUUUCCUGUCAGUCGCUGAACAGCAGGCGGAGGCAAAUGCGCUCAGAAGUUAUGCCGGACUAUGAUAGAAUUUGUAUGGAAAACGAUAAACAGUCUGUUCCCUCCAACUGCUCGCAAUAUGAAAUAUGUAUUGACUCAAUUUGGAUUCGGCUAAGCUGCCCUGAUGAACGUUACUAUAAUCCUGAACAGCGCAAAUGCAUGGAACCACGUGAUGACAUGACUUGCGCUUAUGCGCGCGUGAAAAACCUUCCAGUCUGUAGUGCAGCAAUGGAACAACGAACGGUGCCUGGAAAGGAAUCAAACUGUGCCCAAUACUAUCGCUGCAGCCAUGGAAAGUGGCGUUUAAAAACUUGUCCCAAGCAACAUUUUUACUCGACACGUUUGAAAACCUGUAUUCCAAGUGCGCAUGAUGACGCGUGUGUGGCACGAAAUGCAUCGAAAAUUGAUAUUGAGGUGGGAGAGAAUUUCAGCACGUCCCCUUCAAAAUGCCAUCACAUGGCCGUGCGCCACUUUGAACAAAAUUGUGCAAUGUAUCUUAUGUGCCUGGAAGGUAAAUGGUGGCACCAGUACUGUCCGCUUGGUAUGUAUUAUAACCGCACCCACAACUAUUGUAUGCCUAAUAUAAACGGGCAAUGCGACACUGCGUCUAACGCAGCGAUUUCUGCGAGUUUACUGCAUGAGUAUUCCGUGCAGUCUUGCGAUACACAAGGCGCUCUGCGACCUUCGGCUCUGUCAUGCGAUCAUUACUAUGAGUGCCAAGCAGGCUAUUGGGAGUUGAAAAAAUGUGCACCGCAUGAAUAUUUCAACGCUACUGAGAAGAUGUGUCUAUCGGAUAAAGGAGGUGUUUGCGCUCAACUCCACACGUAUAACUCCCACGAGGGCAAGCUACGCGAGUUCCCAUUCAACUGCACAGCAUAUGAGAUAUGUAUUGGCGGUGAAUGGAAACGGGCUAGUUGCAAUCAUUCUUGGAUGUUCGAUACUAUAUUGCAUAUAUGUGUUCCCAAUGACGGAAGCUGCGCUGAGAAUGGGUUGCGGAGGGCUUGUGUCGCGGGAGGGACAAAAGCCCAUCCGUCAUCUGAAAAUUGCACUCAAUUUUUUUACUGCCUCCAAGACAGCUGGAAAGAAGGCACUUGUUUGAAAGGCCACACAUAUGCAAAGGAGCUAGGUGAGUGCAUGCCACACAGUGCAUAUGACAAAUGCCAACCUUUGUUUAUAAAAGAAAAUGUAAAAAUUGCUCUGGGCCAAGAUUUAGGCGAUCAGAAGGGAAUUGAAAGUAACCGAAGUGCUCUUUGCCUUGAACGUGAAGAUGGCAGUGCUGUGCCCCAUCCGGAUAGUUGUCUUCAUUUUUUUGUUUGUCUCGCAAAGGUGGCAAGAAAUAAGCAGAAAUGUGUUCGUGGAAGCUUUUUCGAUGCUAAACUUGGCUACUGCCGUCCAAACGACGGCAGCUGUCUGGUACCUCUAGGUGGUAUAUGUGCGAAUGCUAGCGAUGGAGCAUACGUUCCACAUCCGGAAGAUUGUCGAGGUUAUUACCACUGCUCCACUUUGAACGGUACCGUAUUGCUCCAUUGUCCGGAGGGAGAGUAUUAUCACAAUGCUACGAGUCAAUGUCGGAUCGAUCAGGGUGAAUGCCGGGCCAAGGCGCAAAAGUUUGGAAAAUGCACUGGCGUCGAGCAUGGAAAGCGUUUGCCUCAUGAACGUUACUGCAACAUAUAUUACGCCUGCGUACGUGGAUUGGCUAUACCAGUGGCGUGUCCAGCCGACCAUCAGUUCAGCGCGGCUGUUGGUAACUGCAUAUUUGCUGAAAUACUCAAGUGUGAAAAUGUCACUCUAUCAGAGGUUUUUAGCAACGCCACAAUAAGCUACAGCUGUGGUAAUCUUACUGAUGGCAUUCAUUUACCCGAUAUCAGAGAUUGCACGAAAUAUUAUGUCUGUUCAGCGGGGACGGCGUUGACGAAAACUUGUCCAACUGGCGCCUUCUUCGAUGCUGAACAGCGACUUUGUGUACCAGAUGAUGGCUCAUGCCCAUAUAUCGUAAAAUUUCAAUCUAGUCAACAAUCUACACCUCCGGAUCCAGCCGUGUGUGAAGGAGAGCAUGGCCUUAUGCUCCCCGAUCCGGUGAACUGUAAUGAGUUUUACGUUUGCAUUAAUGGAAAGCUGCGUCAUGAGCGUUGUAAUAUCAGCUAUUUUUUUAAUACGUCCAGAAAUGAGUGCCAACCUUAUGAGACAAAUAUUGGAAACAUAACAGAAGAGGCAGCGGUGAGUAACGACUCAAACCAAAUGAAGAAAGUUCAAAAUGUAUUACAGUGCAUUGAUAAGCCCACAAACUAUACUAAACUAUGCUCGAAAAUUCCACGAGGUACUUCAAUCGCUGAACAGAGUGACUGUCGACGCUACAUUAAUUGUAACGACGCCGGCGAGCCAGUCCCACAACGUUGUCGCAAUGGAGAGAGUUAUGAUAGCUUACUCGGUUUUUGCCGACAAAAUGAUGGCACUUGCUUGUUGGAGAAUGGACAGCGAGUUGGAGAGUGCAAAGGAUUCCAUGGGCAACUAGUACGUGAUGUGGACAACUGCCGUGGCUACUUUGUGUGUAUUAAUGGUCAGAAAAUAGUCGGCGAAUGUAGCGAAAACGAGUACUUCGACAAGGUCCUGUCUGCAUGUCUCGAUGAUGUGAAUAAUCAGUGCGGUAUAGUCUCCGCCCAAUCAACGGAAUCGCAAGUGGUGUCCUGCGUUGGCCUCAGUGAUUCCACACUUUACCCGUACACACCCGACAACUGCCGCUCCUACUUUCAAUGCGUGCAUGGCAAACCAAAUGUUCACGAAUGCGCCGAUGGACUAUAUUUCAAUACGUCUAUUAUGCGCUGUGUGAAGGACAUUACAGAAUGCGCUAUGCCCACAGCGAGUUUGAAGCGGGCGCCGGAAUUAGACAACCACAAAGUGAAUAUUUGUGAGAAGGCAAAACCAGGUGAACGCUAUGCCAAUAUAAAUGAUCACUGUCAUUCUUCUUAUGUUUGUGGAGAAGAUGGCUCCAUAGCUUACACUACUUGCCCCGCGGGCGAACUAUACAAUGACGAAAGUGUGUCGGAAGAAUAUGCAAACAUUUUAGUUUCCUUAGGCAACAUGUAUGACUCGGGUAGUAGUAGCAAUGAGAGCACCAAUAAAAGCAACAGUAAAAACGCUGCACACACGAAAUACAAUAGCGAAAGAAAUAAUAGACAAGCAGUUCACCAGCCUGAUAACGAGCAGAGUUUGGAUAGUCAAUCGAGCGCUAACAGGCGUCAUUUUCAAAUUUGCGUCGACAGUGUUGACGAUGAAAGCACCGCGCGAAUAACGGAAUCCAAUUCCCGGGAGGAUCUCAUAGCGAGCAGUGAACGCAUUGCUGAAGCUCCGCGCGACUUCCCACGAUUUUUAUCAGUGCCCGCUUUACGCAACUCUCGCCCAUACUCGGAGAGUCUGGUAAAGCGCCAAAUCUCAUCCAGCCCUGCAAAAAGUGAGCGAGCAUUACGCUCGAAUUCAACAGGGGGGAAAAUGCGAGCUAGACGUUUGAGCCAAGACAGUGGAAUUGUUACAGGCCGGCUGUUUGGCGGUUUGGAAAACACGUUCCUCGACACAGUCGCUCCCACCAAGCAUUUUGCCAAAUCGUCUGACAAUUUGUAUAAUUUCCUGAUAAACGAAGCCGCUACCAAUGCAUACAAUCAACAGUGGCAAGAACAACAACAACAAAAUGAUCAUGAGGCCCAUCAAACGAAAAAGGAACAGGUACAAGCGGUUAUACCUUGCAUACCUAAACCAAUUGAACGACAAACUGGAAUGCAGAAAGCAACUUCGUAUACGGAAAAAUGGCUUAAUUCAACAAUGUCACGCGCUUUCGGUCAUCUAAAGUCGAGCUCUAUUGCGAUACCGUUGCCUACUCACAUCGAAACAGAGUCAGCAGAACCGAGUCCGACGCAAGCGUUUGGCCCGAAGAUCGUGAAUACCGAAGAUAUUCCGGGUACGGCGAUGCGACGUAGUCUGGGCCUGCAUUUGAGUUCACCACUCGUAGAGGACACAAAACGUGGAGGGGAUCACAGCGUGGCGGAUGCAUUAACUGAUGACGAUCAUUGCGAAGCAAUUGAGUCCUCACAUUCAAACGUACUACGGGAUCAGUUCGGUUACAAACAGUUAAUGCUGGUGUCGCGGAAGAGUUCUAAAAGUUCGAUGGUGGAUAGCAGCUUGAACGGCAGCCUUUAUGGUAGCCGAAAAAGCAGUAAAAGCCAGAGCGCUAGUGGAGAUGAACGUGAAUUGCGCCGCACUAGCAAACAAGACAGAGAGGGCCUCGAUCCCGAGUCUCUCAUGUUUCGUGACGGACGCCGUAAAGUUGAUAUGGUGCUUGCAUGGGAAGAAGAGGACUUCGGUGUAAUGACGGAGGCUGAAUCCCUUCGCCGUGACCAUCGACGUUGCUUCAUGGAAAAUUUAAUAAAGGAAGGACUCGAAGUCGAGCUUGAAGACAAGACACAGUCAUUUAAUGAAAAAACGUACUUUUUAAAGAUUCAUCUACCUUGGCGCCUCGAGACCCGACUUGCAGAAGUAAUGAAUCUGAAGCUACCAAUCAAGCGGUUUAUUACAAUCUCGGUGAAGGCAUCAUGGGAUGAAGAGAAUGUAGUUGCGCGCAAUAUGCAUUACUGGAAAUCUGUCUGGAAUCGACUGACGCGCAAAAUUCAGCUCGAUCAGAGCAUUUUAGAAGGAGAAACAACCUUUAAAGCGGCUACAGCUAACGGCAAUCCCGAGGAGCAAUUCAUCGUCAAAGAUCGAGCCACUGCAUAUACGAGCGCCCAACGUUCACUUAUGGUUAUGCAAGUGCUCAUUCGCACUCCCUUCGACGAUAGUGAUCGCGUCGGAAUUCGUCGUUUGCUUAACGAUUCAACAUACUUGGCUUGUUUUCCAUUGCAUGAAGGCCGAUAUGAUCGUCCUCAUUCCAGCGGAAUGUCAUUCGAUCGCCGCGUUUUAUACCUCACAUGGGCGCAUCCCUCACAGUGGUACAAAAAGCAACCAUUGUGCCUAGUUCGCAAGUAUUUUGGCGAUAAAAUUGCACUUUACUUUUGCUGGUUAGGUUUCUAUACUGAGAUGCUAGUCUAUCCGGCAGUGGUAGGUACCUUGUGUUUUUUAUACGGGCUUGCUUCACUGGACUCAGAAGACAAUACGCCAAGCAAAGAGAUUUGUAAUCAAUACGGUACUGGUAACAUUACACUUUGCCCACUGUGCGACAAGGCCUGCAGCUAUCAAAAUUUAUACGAGUCAUGCCUCUUUUCGCGCCUAACAUACCUUUUCGACAAUCCAUCAACAGUAUUUUUCGCCAUAUUCAUGUCGUUUUGGGCAACCACCUUUCUGGAGCUAUGGAAACGUAAGCAGUCGGUAAUAGUUUGGGAAUGGGACUUGCAUAAUGUUGAGUCUGACGAGGAGAAUCGUCCAGAAUUUGAAACUAAUGCCACAACAUUUCGCAUGAAUCCUGUGACGAGGGAGAAGGAGCCAUAUAUGUCUACGUGGAGCCGUGCCAUUCGAUUUGUCAUCACGGGCAGUGCCGUCUUGUUUAUGAUCUCUGUUGUGUUGUCUGCUGUGUUGGGUACCAUUAUAUACCGGAUUUCCUUGGUUUCGGUCAUUUAUGGUGGUGGCGGAUUCUUCGUAAAGGAGCAUGCGAAACUAUUUACUACUGUAACUGCGGCACUGAUUAAUUUAGUUGUAAUUAUGAUAUUAACGAGGAUUUACCAUCGCAUGGCUAUCAGGUUGACCAAUUUGGAAAAUCCUAGAACGCAUACCGAAUACGAGGAUUCUUACACAUUCAAAAUAUUCUUUUUUGAAUUUAUGAAUUUUUAUUCGUCACUCAUUUACAUCGCAUUCUUUAAAGGCCGUUUUUUCGAUUAUCCCGGCGAUGAUCAGGCCAGACGCAGUGAAUUCUUUCGCCUGAAAAAUGACAUCUGCGAUCCGGCGGGAUGUUUAUCGGAAUUGUGCAUCCAGCUUGCUAUCAUUAUGGUGGGCAAACAAUGCUGGAAUAAUUUCAUGGAGUACUUGUUUCCAAAGUUCUACAAUUGGUGGCGUCAUCGCAAACACAAAGCAGCCACUAAAGAUGUCACACACUUACAUAUGGCCUGGGAGCAAGAUUAUCAUAUGCAAGAUCCAGGACGCUUGGCUUUAUUCGACGAAUAUUUGGAAAUGGUACUGCAGUAUGGUUUCGUCACACUGUUCGUGGCCGCGUUCCCCUUGGCUCCUUUGUUUGCGCUGCUGAACAAUGUUGCUGAAAUUCGUUUGGAUGCUUAUAAAAUGGUGACGCAGGCACGACGUCCACUGGCAGAGCGCGUUGAGGACAUUGGCGCCUGGUAUGGCAUCUUGCGUAUUAUCACCUAUACGGCAGUUGUGUCCAACGCCUUUGUGAUAGCUUACACGAGUGAUUUCAUUCCUCGCAUGGUCUACAAGUUCGUAUACUCAGACACAAACACACUUGCGGGAUAUAUUGAGCAUUCGUUGUCGACCUUUAACACGUCAGACUAUAAGGAGGAGUGGGGCGCCACCAGCAGCGAAAAAGAUCCUGAUGUAUGCCAAUAUCGUGGCUACCGGAAUGGACCACAUGACCCCGAACCUUAUGGUUUGAGUCCACAUUAUUGGCAUGUUUUUGCUGCACGCUUGGCCUUUGUUGUCGUUUUCGAGCACGUCGUAUUUGUCAUCACAGGCAUUAUGCAAUUUAUAAUUCCCGAUAUUCCCGCCGAAGUGAAAACGCAAAUGCAGCGCGAGCAGCUGCUAGCUAAAGAAGCUAAAUAUCAGCAUGGCAUUAAACGGGCGCAGCAGGGAGAUAAUCAAGAUCUGUUGAGCAUCUUUCGAGAUGCUGGAAGUCGCGGAAGUGGCGCCACUAUGGGCACUAGUGGGUUUAUGGGCCGUGGCAGUUGGGCGCGCCGUUUCAGUCGCCUCAGUGAUGGUUUGGAUGCCCACGUAGAAGUGGCGGCGCGGCCUCGUCGCUCAGUCGAGUCGACAGUGUGGGAAGUUUCUUGACACGAAGAAGAAGAGGAUUCUGUGGAGCCAACAACAAAUGCCAAAAAUGAAGUUACCACCUAAUCUCGUGAACUGUAGGAUCUAUACAAGUGUUCGUGUUCACUUAGCUUUCAAUUUUUGUAUCACGUCCCAGUAAUAGCGUAGAGGUGUAUAUACAUACGUACCCAUAUGGAUAAGUUAGCGCAAUCAGUUUUAUUCGGUAUUUUGCAUAUGUAUGCGUGUAUGUACAUUUAUACAUACAUAUGU